ACUACAUUUUCAAGGCAUUUUCGAAGUCAGGGAAGACUUUGGCUGUGACACUCAAGAUGGCUACCAGACAGGUAGCUGUUGAGAAAAAAAAGGAAGCAGCAAAAGCUAGGCUAUCGAAGUUUAGGGAGAAAAUUUACAGCAAUCCUGAGCUACUUGAGGAGUACAGAAGAAGAGAGAGACAGAGGUAUCAGGAACGUAAGAAAAAUAGAAAAAUAAAGACAACUCGUGAUCUGACCAAAAAGCAACAUGACAAAAAGAAAAAGCAAUGGAGGGAAAACUCAGCCAAAUAUUACAGAAAAAAGAAACAACUUCAAGCACUUCUGGACAUCACCCCAGCGAGUGAGAACGAAAAUUCCUUUCAGCAUGAAGAAAUAAACAGUCAAGAACUCAAAAAUUCAAACAGUGAAUACACUGCAGAACAUAAAUCCUUAACAGAACACAUCCCAGUCACAUCGUUGCUCACCAUCAGUUUAACACCAACAACAGAAGAAAGAUACCUAAACCUGGCUGGACCAGUAGGAGCAUCCACUCCACACACACCACCACCAGAAACAAGAAAAAAAGAAAGAAGAGCAAAACUUGUAAGCAAAUUAAGAUCAAAAUUAAGAUACGCUGAAGAGAAACUUCAGGAGAAGUCUAAAGAAUUACAGAAUCUCAAAAAAAGAAUUAAAAGACUUGAAGCAAGGAAGAAGACCGCAAACAGGCCAACUGUAAAUAAUGUGCAAAAGGUCAGGAAAACCAGAGAGGGUUUCCCAACAAUUCCCAACAGCAGCAAGAGGAGGGAAAUGAGAAAACUUGUAAGCCGUUUCCUGCACCAAGAUGAUGUCUCCACUGUUGUCAAUGGGAAAGCUGGAGAGAUAAGCCCAGUUCUUCAAACUGAGGCCAUUUUGGAUAGUUAG